AUGUGCACUUGUGGUGAUGGAGUAGCACGGAAAGCCAACAAUAGAUUCUUCGUAUUGAAGUUUGUGAUGAUACCAGUGGUAGCAUUCGGCAUGUGCUUCCUCCCUAAUGAUAUGUUCCGAUUCUUGUUUGUCACUCUGGUACCGGCAAGCUUCAUCUAUCUAUUAAUGCAACAGAUCAUGCUCAUCGAUCUGGCAUACUCUUGGAACGAAUCUUGGGUUCAGAAUGCAGAGCUCGAGUACAGCAAUAAUGAGACGCUCAAUCGUCUGUAUCAUAGCCUCAUUAACGGAGUAUAUCCCCCAUGGGGCGCUGCUACCCUCGUCGGUCAUAUUCGCGUAUUCUGCAUGGCUAUCAGCUCCUGA